CAGCAUAGUGGUUAGAUUUGCACAUUGCAGAAUUCCGUUGAUUGGUGAGAGAUCCAAAUGGAAAAAUGGAAUCAAAGUUUGCUAACAUGCAACAGCAAUCAGAUGCGCUGUGAAAAGUCGGGGGAGGGGGCAAAUGUCUGGCUCUCUUCUGCGACUGAAGAAUGAAGCAACUGGGAACUUUUUGCGGGUCUGGAAGAGUCGUACCCCUGUGAUUGUGUCCGUUCAUGUGGGGUUCAGAGAGGCUUGCUUGCGAGACAAGACCAAUCAUUUGUCUUGAUUCUCUGGGCUGCGAGCAGGCAAACUAAGGGGGACAGGAUGAGCAAACCCCUUUAUCAAAACCUGAUCUUUUUCCCAAAACAAUUUAGUGUAUUCAUGAGGUUACGCAAAUGUGCAGGCAGCAAAAUUACCGUAAUCAAUUGAAACAGCGAGUGCACAUCCAUGGCUCUGAUUAUUUGGAGAUCAUCUAUCAGCCUGAUGUCUAUGUAACAAGGAAAGGGGGGUAUUGAAUUACUUUUGAGUUUCACUGAGAAGUCCAUGAUCAUUGGGCAAGGGAGUUUGGCCAGUGAUAAUAGGGAUCCUUGGUUGGGCGACAAGUAUUUCACCAAACCUUAGAUUGCCAACCCUUGCCUGCUGAAACGUGCUGUUUUGAAAGUAAACCGACACUGUCCACACAAUCUGGUGCGUCGUGUUCUCCGCAAUCUCCUUUUUUUUCACCUGACAAAGGAAAAAAAGAGGCGGACAAGCUGCAGGUCCAAGAGGAUAAACUGAGCAUGGAGGUCAGGUACAACCAAGAGACAGAAGGGAUGGGGCUGAAGAACGGACUUAAGAAGGCGAAAGAUGACAAAGAUUCCCAGGAGAGCUUGUCCAAAAGCUUCCUCAAGGAGCAACAGGACUCCUUUUCCCCCUCCGGGACCGUUGAAAACUGCGAGAAGAACAGAGGAGGCACGGGGGACCCGGACUACUGUCGGAGAAUACUAGUCCGAGAUGCUAAAGGCUCUAUUCGGGAAAUCAUCCUGCCAAAGGGUUUGGAUUUGGACCGGCCUAAGCGAACCCGCACCUCUUUUACUGCAGAACAACUCUACCGAUUAGAGAUGGAGUUUCAGAGGUGCCAGUAUGUGGUGGGGAGGGAACGGACAGAACUGGCCCGCCAGCUCAAUCUGUCUGAAACUCAGGUGAAGGUCUGGUUCCAGAACCGCCGGACUAAGCAAAAGAAGGACCAGGGGAAAGACUCUGAGCUGCGUUCAGUGGUUUCAGAAACAGCGGCGACCUGCAGUGUCCUAAGGCUGCUGGAGCAGGGUCGGCUGCUGACACCUCCGGGCCUGCCGGGCCUUCUGCCCCACUGUGGCAGUGGCACACUGGGUUCUGCUCUCCGCCCUCCCUCCAUUGCCAUGGCUAGCAAUGGCAGUAGUAGCAGCAGCAGCAGUGGCGGCAGCACUGGCACUGCAGGUGGCAGCCCUCCUCUGCCCGUCGUCACAAGCUCAGGAACAGUUGCGGGCCUGCAGAGCUCACCAGCAGCUCACAGUCUCUUCAGCUUUCCCAUGCCCUCCUUACUCAGUGGUGUUGCCACCCGCAUUUCCUCCAACCCCCUGUCCAUGGCUGGCUCGCUCGCUGGCAACCUGCAGGAACUCUCAGCUCGCUACCUGAGCUCCUCUGCUUUUGAGCCUUACUCGCGGACCAAUGGAAAAGAAUCCAUGGACAAGAAAAUUUUGGAAUGAUGCUUUAGAUGGAUUCCUAUUUCCUCUGGAUACAUUCUGAUUGUUUUCUUGGCUUUUACUGUCCAUGUUGGGUUUUACUCAUUCUGUUUCGUCAGUCUAUGUCAUGUUCUGUAGCAGUUCAUGUGUUCCAGUUGCACAUGUGGCACCUUGUACCAGGAAGAAAAAAGACCUAUACAAGCUCCUCUAACAAAGACAGGGUGGCAGUGGAAAUUUUUUUGCACACAAUGUUCAUAUAGGAUUUUGUUACAGAGAUUUAGAGAGACGCUCUUUGGAGAUUACUGAUAUUGUUCAUGUUUCUGUGAAACAAAUGUCCUUUCUGUUGCUCUAAAAUAACUAUUUAUGUAGGGGCCCAUAAAAAAAUGGUUUCUUCAUACCACAUAAGCUCUAACGCUGCAAGAGAGUGGUACAUAGUGUAUAGCAGGAAAGCAAGUAUAGAAUUGGUGACAAAAAGUGUAAAAUGAUGCUAACUUUCUUAAUUGUGUUUUACUAUGUGAUAGUGUGGGGUAGGUGCAUGUCAUUGCAUUGAGUAGAUGGGGGGGGGGAAGAAAGUGAGUUCUCAAACACCUGAGCAGCAGUUUGUGAGAGUCAGUCAGCAAAAAAAGGGGGGAAAAAUAAUAAAAUCAUUUUGAAAAAUAAUAAAAUGCAACAUGAUGAAUGAACAAGAAAAUCCAAUUUUCUACAAAGAACUGGGCUAAAAAAAAAAAAGCCUGUCUGAAGGUCAGUGCAAGGCCAGUGUCGGCACAUAUGACGCUUGGAUGCAAUUUGCUUAUGCAGAUGCCGAAGAAAAAUUCAGCUUACAAAAAGGUCUUUGUAAAAUGUCUUGUAUAAUAGUUGGACCAAACCAAAACACGAUCUGAGAAGUUUUUGUCAUACAGUGAGAUGGUUGCAUUGUUCAGUGCUGGUUUCUCUAUUUUUAUUUUCUAUUUUUACUUAUUUAUUUUAUUUUUUUUUAGAUUAACAUUGUUUAAUUCAACAACACAAGUCUUUACUUUGCUUCAUUUUUGGUCCUUGAGAUGCUGUAACUGUUUUGUUCUUGUCUGUGAUUUUAACCACUGUGAGUUCUCAGAGUUUGGGUGUACAGUUUCUUUUACAUGCUGUAGCUAAGUGCAGGAAUUACUUGCUGAAAGGGGGGGUUCUGAAGAAAAGCUUUUCAGCUGUAGUAAGCCGCUUGCUUUGUUGAACACUACAAGGUAACAGGUUUUUCAGUCAUGAAGACAAUAUAACAACCUUUCCUUCCUGUGUGAAAUUUCUCAAAUCCACAGCCUGCAUAAAAGAUUUAGGUGACAGAAGCAUGAAGACUGAGACUGAAUGGAAUUGUUGUGGUAUGAAAGAACAUGUACUUUUAAAUUGUUAUUCUAUUGUAAAUUAUUCACUUCUGUAAUUAAUAGAUUAUUAGUAUAUCUGGAAAUAAUGAAUGAAUGUAUUAGUGGGGUUGAGGGAUCAAUCAAAAGCUCUUUGGUGCUGUCGUUGUGAAAUAUCUUGAAAUUUGUUAAAUGUGUGGUACAAAUGUGCAUAUAUAUUAUGUAUAAGGCUACAGACAAAGACAAGUGUGUUUUUAUUUUUAUUUUUUUUUUCCAUACAUGUUGCUAUGAAUCAAGUUGUGAUAAAUUUCAUGACUGUUAUACCUCAUAAACCACUGCCUGAUGUGUAUGCUCCUGAAAGCUGGUUUUCGCUACUUUUGGCAAUAUGACUUUUAAAGCAAUUGUGUGGAAUGAUACAUUGAACUUCUGAUCAAAAGUCAAACUAAAAAUAGCAGCAUAACAAAUUGAAAUGAGAAGUAUCAAACAUCACGUUAUAGCACAUGCAUAUGUUUUGCAAGUGCUUUCACAGCACAGCCUGCGUGGAGAAAACCAUGUCUGAACAAGUGACUGUGAUCCCUGUGUGCAUAACUGCUAUCUUUGCUCUCCUUCCUGCUUGCUCAAGAGUCAUUUUUUCCUUUCUACAGUAAGUGGGUGGAGCCAGUCACCUUUGUGUCCCUAAAUAUAAUCAGCUAGCUCCACAAGUUGUACAGUUUCACAUCAAAUUCUGUAAUCAAUAAGAGUCCAAAUAUAAUCCGAAUGAGAAGUUAAGUUGUACUGUGAUGACAGAAAAGUUAAGGUUAGGGAAAGAGUUCAGUAAGAUUAACAAUCUACUGUCACAGCAACCGCUGUUUAAAGAAUGGAAAAUGUGAAUUUUCAGUUUCUGACACCGGUCAGUUUGCAGACAACCUAUUACACAAGCAAUGUCUCCAAAACCUUAAAAAGCUAACAAACUAUGAUGACGCAUCGUUCAAUCUGUGACAUCAGCACCGAGGAGAAGGCAAGAGAAGGGCUUCAAGAUGUAUGUUUUCAAUUGUAUCUGUGAUUAUGAAGGUAAGUUAAUUAAAGUUAAUUAAAUAGCUAACUUGGCUUAGCUGGAAAUUUUUAACAGUAAUUUGACUACAGUGGUCAAGUUUGAAGUGUGUUGAACAUAAGGUGAUAUUGUCUACAGCAUCAAACUACAAUGGCACCCAGUAGUGCGCAUACCUCUGCGUAGUCCUAUUUAAUGCAAUCAAACUUGAUCCACAUCAAAUAAAGUAUAUUUAAAUCUGCUAAAUUUUUAUGUGUUUUUUAUUUGGAUCUGCACCUGCAUUAAACAGUACUCACACAUAGAUAUGUUAAUACA